AUGUCAGGAGCCACAGUUUUUCAGGAUGAGUUCAUGUGUUCAGUGUGUCUGGAUCUCCUGAAGGAUCCAGUGACCAUCCAGUGUGGACACAGUUACUGUAAGAGCUGUAUUACAGACUGCUGGGAUCAGGAGGAUCAGAUGAGAGUCUACAGCUGCCCUCAGUGCAGACAGACCUUCAGUCCAAGACCUGCUUUAGCUAGAAACACCAUGCUGGCUGAAGUGGUGGAGAAACUGAAGAAGACCAAACUCUCUGCUGACUGUGACGCUGGAGCUGGAGAUGUGCAGUGUGACGUCUGUACUGGAAGAAAACACAAAGCUGUCAAGUCCUGUCUGGUGUGUCUGGAGUCUUACUGUCAAACUCAUUUUGAGUGGCAUGAGGAGUUUCGCUCAGGAAAACAACACAAAGUGACUGAUGUCACUGGACGACUGCAGGAGAUGAUCUGCCAGAAACAUGAGAAGCUCCUUGAGGUUUUCUGUCGCACUGACCAGAAAUGUAUAUGUGUGCUGUGUACGAUUAUUGAACAUAAAAACCAUGACACUGUAUCAGCUGCAGCACAGAGGACAGAGAAACAGAAGCAGCUGAAGGAGACGCAGAAGACGCUCCAGCAGAGAAUCCAGCAGAGAGAGAAAGAUCUCCAGCAGCUGAGAGAGGCUGUGGAGUCUCAGAAGCGCUCUGCACAGACAGCAGUGGAGGACAGUGAGAGGAUCUUUACUGAGCUCAUCCGCUCCAUUGAGAGAAGCCGCUCUGAGCUGAUACGGCUGAUCAGAGAUCAGGAAAAGCAAGCAGUGAGUCGAGCUGAAGGACGACUGGAGCGACUGGAGCAGGAGAUCAAUGAUCUGAGGAGGAGAGACGCUGAGCUGGAGCAGCUUUCACACACACAGGAUCACAUCCAGUUCCUGCAGGUAACACACAUCUAGAAGAACAGG